AUGUGCAGUUGGUUGACUGUGGCACUCUUGGCACUCUUCGUCUUACAAUUCGCAGUGUGCCUCUUCCAAGAAGAGCAGUCCGAGGUUGAUUAUGUAGAAGUUGAGAUUAAUGAAGAAUCGUGCGGAGAGCUAAGUCUUUCUCCUCAAGCUUUUGUGGCAUUAAUCAAGUGGAAUUAUGACGAACAGAGGGACAAAGGAUGUCAUAAAAAUUCGAUAGAUGUUAAGUACUCUUCUUGGCACAUCUUCAAUGUGAAUACGACGUCAUGUCUGAGAUGGUACCAAACAGAAGCGAUUGCGUGCACUCGGGGGCUUAUGGGAGGCUCUGACUGGCUAGAAUACGCAAUAAGGAAGUCGUUGCACGUUGAUCCGAAGCUUCUCUUGUGUGCCGCUUACGUGUGUUUGGGGAAAGAUCUCGCUCCGUUUCUCACCACAUCAACCACGACAAGUACUACUCUUUCCCCCACCACCCUGAACGACUCCACAGCUGCUGUCACGUUCUACUAUGAAUCAGACGCAAUGCUCGAUUGGCUUGAGCAGUCCUUCAACGAGACCAUAGAGCGGCUCAGACAAGAAAACGAAGAACGAAAGGUUCUUAUGUGGAUGCUGGUCACCAGUUCUGUGUUAUUCGCUUUUUUCGCGAUUGUUGCUGCGUACGACAGCUUUGCUAUAAUACUGAGGAGAAAACAACCGUAG